CCCGCCCAGAUCCUGCCCAGGCCCCGCCUUCGCGGCGCGCUAGGCAUCCUCCCAGAGCUGGACCGCUCCUGGCGGCCGCCUGCAGCCCUCUGCAUCCUCAGCCAGCCUUUCUCCUGUGUCCCAGUGCACGUGUGGAACAAAAGAGAAGACAGAGUGUUGGAAGUGAAAUCGGCUCACCCAGAUUCCUGAAACUUUCUGAGGGCAUGUUUUACCUGGAGUUGGGGUUCCAUAGCAAGGAAGACGUGUUAGUGAGCUUUCUCUCCUCUUCUUCCAUUUGGUCAUAAAUAUCCUUGGCGGCACAUUUGCAUAGGCUUUUCCAGGUACAAGCUGUGUGAUGCCUGAAGCCUGAAUUAGCUCAACACAAGUCAGCCUCUUUGUAGAGUAAGCCCAGCUAAGUUAUCAGGACUGGGAUGGAAGAGUCAGCAUCAGUGGAAAGCCAGGGUCAGCUCCCAAGCCCCCACCAUGGCUCACUGAGAAGGGCAGUGGCUGCUGCCCUGGCCCUGGAUGGGGAAUCCACAAUGGGCCGCAGGAAGAAGAAGAGGAAAGAGUCUCGCCCGGAGUCCAUCAUCAUCUACCGGUCAGAUAAUGAGAAGACGGAUGAGGAGCCUGAAGAUUCUGAAGGUGGAGAUCGGCCUAAAGAGGAGGAGGGGGAGGACUUCCUGGACUAUCCCAUAGAUGACGGUGUGUGGAACGUGCCUUUGGACAGCCGCUACGUCACACUAACGGGGACCAUCACACGAGGGAAGAAAAAGGGUCAGAUGGUGGAUAUCCAUGUCACUCUGACAGAGAAGGAGCUGCAGGAACUGACCAAACCCACGGAGCUGUCAAGGGAAGUGGCACCUGAGGGUAGAAGGGCCUGCCAGGUCGGGGCAGACCAGGGGCCACACGUGGUCCUCUGGACACUGGUCUGCCUACCUGUGGUCUUCGUCCUUUCUUUUGUCGUGUCUUUCUACUACGGCACUAUCACCUGGUACAACAUCUUUCUUGUGUACAAUGAGGAGAGGACCUUCUGGCAUAAGAUUUCCUGCUGUCCGUGCCUCAUUCUCUUCUAUCCAGUGCUCAUCAUGGCCAUGGCCUCUUCCCUGGGGCUCUAUGCUGCCGUGGUCCAGCUCUCGUGGUCCUGGGGAGCAUGGUGGCGAGCUGCCUGUGACAUGGAGAAAGGUUUCUGUGGCUGGCUCUGCAGCAAGUUGGGUCUGGAGGACUGUUCUCCCUACAGCAUUGUGGAACUGCUGGAGUCUGAUAAUAUCUCAGGCAAUCUCUCCAACAAGGACCCCAUCCAGGAAGUAGAAACCUCUACUGUCUAAACCGCCAGUGAUUCCUUCCAGGCCCUAAUAAGAACAUAAUCAUUCUCCAGUUCUAGUAUAGUCAUUCCACAGUUCUUAAGCUACCCAAUACCCUCUGCAGUCCUGGAAAAUCCUUGCACACACUGCAGUGUCCCACCAUCUUCGUUAUCCCAAGAGGAUGGGAAACAGAAAGGCGACUGGUGCCAAAGCAGUUCAUCUGAAAUGCUUCUUGACUCUUUGCCCUAAAAUGACUGUUUAUGAGGGCUCUGAAGAUAGAGUGGAAAUCCCUUCAGGGGCCUGAAGGUGUUAUUGGUGUCUGUAACCCGGGAGAGUGUGUGCCUGAAUGUGACAGAAAGCAAAAAGAUGCUCAGGGGUGACUGAAUCCACGAAGACAAUAGAUGAAGAUGGAAUGCCACAUUUAGGGAGCCAGGUUCCUAUUCUAAAGACUGUGUGCAUCACUUACGGGUAGAUAGAACUGCAUAUAAUUAAAGUCCCGAACAUCAAUGAGUUAAAGAAACACACUUCCUUCUUAUGUAGAUGUCUGGAGGCAGACCAUUCCAAGACCCUAUGAAAUUAUCUGGGUUUCAUUGGAUGGUGGGAUGUAGCCCUCAGCUCUCUUCUCUUCAGUUUCCAAAUGCUGACUACAUCUCCGGCAUAGCGAGUUCCAGAAACCGUGUUUCUGGAAAACAACCAGCCAAGCAACCAAACAAAAGCGGAAGAAGCAAAGAAGCCCAGCUGACCUGUUUAAG